AUGGCAUUAGUUCAGCAGGACAGCGACCACCUUCCUAAGCAGCCAGGUCCGGACAACACAAAAAAUCUGGCGGUCACGAACAUCUUUAAACGUUUAACAUCUUCUAAACGCCCAGAUAAGUGCGGAAUAAAAGUCGAAGUGAAACGUUCAUCUUCGCCAAUAUUGCCGAUAAAAAAAGGAGGUCAGAAGAGAAAGAGGAAUUCAUUAGAAGUAGAGGCAAAGGCAAAACGACCUCGAGAAAUUGUUCCUGAAACUUCUAGAUCUAGCACUUCCAAAAAGAGCAUUCCACGAGGAAGGUACGUCGACAGCGAAAAUAACGUAAUUCGGCCGCCUACACCCUGCUAUUUGGAAGUUGACGCCGAUGACAAGCACUCGCUUGAUUAUUUCGAUGCGCUUGUAUACAAGAACCCGGAAAAGGAAUUGGCACGGAGAUUGAUAGACAAGGAGUCGGAUAAACUUUUUAACUUCUUGGAGCUGCCGAAAAAUGAAGCAAAAUCAAUCGGUGAAAUCGCAAAGUCGCCGUUCAAGCCACUCAACCUAUCUGCAUCUUCAAGUGACAGUGACGAUCUUCAGCAGUUAGAGCAUGACGAACAACCAAUGGCCAACAAUUCACCAGCACAAGUCAUCCUGCAGCCAGCAUCCGAGCCUGUUGACCUUCCGUUGUCUAUUAUCGGUGGUCGAACGAUUGACAGCGAAGAAGCUCACGAGGACCCUUUGAACGUGUCUACCUGUUCAACCAGUUCGACCAGUUCAAACAGGUCAACCAGUUCAACCAGUUCAAAGAGUUCAUCGUGUUCAACAUGUUCCACCUGUUCUACGUCGUCGUCAUCAUCAUCAUCAAAUAGCAGUAGCAGCAGUUCUAAGACUUCUAGCUCGAACUCAAGCAGCGACGAUUCCGAGUCUUCAAAUAGUAGUAACUCUAGCUCGAGCGAUGACGAGAAAGCGCCAACAUCAAUACCAGACAUUCCAAAACCACCAUGUGAGCCUAUAACUAUAAAGAAGAUACAAGACCCGGUAGCUUCAAAAACCCUCAACUCUAAUAUUAGGAAAAGCACGGUAGCCAGGCGGGGCCGUGCGGUAUUAAAUCCAUUGGCGAGAGGAAUAAGAACCAGGAAGACUAUUGUCGAGAAAGCGCAAACAUUGAUACAAGACAUUCCAAAAUCACCAUGUGAGCCUAUAACUUUAAAGAAGAUACAACACCCGGUAGCUUCAAACACCCUCAAAGCUAAUAAUAGGAAAAAUACGGUAGCCAGGAGGGGCCGUGUGGUAAUGAAUCCAUUGUCAAGAGGAAUAAGAACUACAAAGACCAUAGUCCCCACCCAAGUCAUUGCGCCCCAAAAUGUUGUGACAUCCAGGAUGCAACUAAUCCAUGGACUUUAUUAUAAGGAAAUUUCCAAUUGA